GGCGCCAUCUAUCUCCACCUCCAAGGUUCUAUGUCAGCACCCAUUUCAAUCGGUGCAUCAGUUUCAGAGUGAAGAUGUAACACGGAAACUCACAUUUAGAAAGCAUUUGGCCAUACCAUCUUAUUUUUUCAAAGUGUGCUACCAAAAUGACUCACGGUAAUCGAAGGACCUAAAGCAACUUUCCAAAUGAGAUCAGGAACAGCCAACAAGCUGGCUACUUACAUUUACUUUUCAUUAUAUCAGCAUGUGCAUAAUACAAUGUUUAAGGACAACAGGCCAUCGACUCAGUAGUUUUCCUUAAGGCUUUGUUAUAUUUACUACAUAAUGCAAGAUUUAUCUCGAUAACAAUCAGCACGUUACAACCUAACCCUUAUAAAUUACUUCAGACGGUCAGGGUCAUAUUAAAAAUGUUGAGUAUUGUUUUUGCCAUUUCAUUGAAAGUUGGAAGAAAUUGCUAAAAAUAUCUAAAAAAAUUAUUUUCUCAUCUGUUGAAAAGGACCUAUGCUGUCGCGUUCCUCGGCAGUUCCUAAACUUGGCAGUUUUACUAUUGUUUGUUAUAGUAAAUAUCUAAUAGUAGAAACAUUGGUAUAAUCACUGAUAAAUUUAUUAUACUAGGAAAUACAAAAACAGUCAAAAUGCUCAUUUGUAUACAAGGGCAGUUUACUUUAGAUUGGCUAUCAGGGACUACGGGCUAUUUGUGGAAGGUCAUCAACUUACAGAGGAUAAUGCGAUAAGAAAAAAUUAUGAAAUGUAAACAUACUACCUAGUACCUAUGAAGUUAUGAUAAUGAAGUACUUUUAAUGUGCAAUAAAAAAUAAACGGGCUAUUAAAAGUGGUUCAAUGUAAAACUUUCUUGAUUUAUAGUUGCGGUCCCAACGAGGUGUCAUUAACUUAAAUAAAAAAACAAAACAAAGUGUUGUUGCGUUUAUUUUUUCCCUACUCCGAAACAGAGCGGACGACUGCAUCACAUUUAAUGCACCGACCUUGUGACUUUUCUACAUUGAAAAUUAAGGCUAUAUUUGUUUAUAUGUGAAAAGUGUGCUUUUCAUAAAGUUUUAAAAAUUUAUUGUACAAUGUUGGUGAGACCCUUAAGUGCUGAGUUAGAUCAAAAGGCUGCAGUGGAACUGAACGAGACUCCGAAGAAACUUGAGGAUGGUAUAAAUCACUUGAAAGACUGGAUUAACAAACAGCCCCAUUUAAGGGCGAGAACAGAUGACCAAUGGCUCGCAGCUUUCUUGAGGGGAUGUAAACACAGUCUAGAACGAGCUAAAGAGAAGUUGGACCUGUAUUACUCAUUGAGAACUUUGUCACCAGAUUUGUUUGCUUUUAGACCUAACACUCCAAGGUUCAAGGAGUUGGUAGAAACCGGGGCUGGGUUAGUGUUACCAAAACUGGCAUCUCCCCUGGACCCUCGGGUCGUCAUAGUCAAACCUAGUCUCUAUGACCCUAACAGGUUUACGCCCAUAGAGUUCUUCUCUUUUGCACAUAUUUUGCAGCAGAUAAAGUAUUUAGAAGAUGAUGCCUUUAUGGUGAAUGGUAUGAUCAAUGUUAUUGACCUUGAAGGAAUCACUAUGGCUCACUUCCUACAAUUGACACCGUCUGUGCUCAAGAAGUUAGUCAUUGCGGGACAGGAUGCUUCCCCUCUAAGACUAAAGAGCCUUCAUAUAAUUAAUUCUAUACCAGCUUUUGAAAAAGUAUUCAAUAUGGUGGUAAAACUUCUCAAUGAGAAACAUCAGAAAAAAGUCCAUAUGUACAGCAAGGACUUUACGGUGCUUCAGAAGUACGUGCCUCUUGAAAUAUUACCAGAAGAAUAUGGAGGUCAAGGUGGAAGCAGAGAGAAAAUCAUAGAUUUCUGGCUGAAGAAAAUAGAUUCGUAUAGCGACUGGUUCGAUGAAGAUCUGAAGUUCGGCACUGAUGAAAGUAAGCGGCCAGGCAAGCCCAAGAGUGCAGAGCAAAUGUUCGGGGUUGAAGGAUCUUUUAGGAAACUUGAUGUGGAUUAAUCGACGAAGUUCAUAUUUCUAUAGUGUAUAGAAAUAAACUGUCAUUAUGUAAUAAAUAAUAAUAAGAUUGUGGCUUUAUAGCAUCACAAUUUAGCUUGUCACAUGGUAGGCACUAUGACGGAAAGUUUUAAAAUGGCAAAUAAGGUCUGAUCUUAAUGAUAUUAAACUUUGAUCUUAGUAAGGUCUCAUAAAAUAAAUUAAUAAUUGGAAAAUCUU